AUGCUAAAACCAGAAAUAGAAAGCCUUAUCAAGUCAAUUGCCUGUGACUUUAUGAAAAUCGACAUCGUAAAGUCAACGUCGCCAAACAAGCUAAACCCAACUGACGUCAACCAACACGUACCAUUAAGCGAGACCUACGUUGGCCCUGGAGCGACGGCUACUAUCCACGAAAUUGCUAGCGUGGCAGGGAAAGCUGAUGUUGAUAACUUCCUAACGACCUGUAAGAAUUUUUUCAUCGAGAGCAUUCUACAAAUCCAAAGUCGAUUUGACUUAGAUGAUCCAGUUCACGAAAUCGUUCAGUGCCUUUUACCGUCCAAUGCCGCUGCACUCAAGCCUCGUUCAUUGAGAAGCAUUUGUCAGAAAUUACCGUACUUGAAAGAUACCAUCGACCUCAACAAGCUUGAUAUGGAGUGGAGACAACAUGCACUUGAGCCAAAGGCAAAGCCUGAACUUCACUGGGAUGAAUACUGGUUAAACAUACGGGACACAACGACCCCAACAGGCGAAGCAAAAUAUCCACUGUUGAUGGCAUUUGUUAGUAUUCUGGCUUCACUACCAUUUUCAAAUGUAUCUGUUGAAAGAAUUUUUAGCCAACUUAAGCUGGUUAAAACGGAUCAGAGAAAUUAUUUGAAAUCGACGUCAUUGGUUUCCUUACUUCAGGCGAAGAUGAGAAUGAAGAAUGAGCACUUAACUGCUGCCAGCUUAAGAGUUCAUAAAGGAAUGUUGGAACUAGCAGCCAAGAUGAAGUCAUACGCCACUGACGAAGAAACAAAGGAAUUAAGAAAAGAAUUAUUAAGUAAACUGUCCUAA